AUGAGUUUUUAGAUGAAAAUAAAUUAAAUUAAAAGGUUCUAAAAUUCAUUUCAGUUUUUAUAAAGUCAUAUAUAGAACAAGCUUCAAAUAUUAAUGAUAUAAAGUUUUUAGAUUCUAAAAUAUUAAAAAAAGUUCUUGAGAUUUUUUUUUAAAAAGAUGAAUUUUAAAAUUAUAUAAAAGAAAUAUUUAAUAAUCCUUUAUUAGCUAUAUACAAAUUUCGAUAAAUAAAUAUUAAUUAAGAUGAGUAAAUAAAAAGUAUAAAUUAAUAUUUUAAAAAAUAAAAAAGUAUCAAAUACAAAAACCAAAGAUCAAAAACAAGUAAUGCUUUAGAAAUAAGAAACUUUAAAAAAGAAAAUUCUUUAUUUUCAUAUUUGUAACAAGAAAAUAUAGAAGAAUAAACCGCCUAUAUAUUCCCAAAAUAUCUCAUAUACGAAGAAUACUUAAGAAAAUUUGAUUUAAAGGAACCCAAAAAACUGGAAAAUAUAAUAAGUAGGAACUUAGAUAAAAUAAUAACAAAAAGCAAGCAACUACAAGUCGAAAAAGACUAAUAACAAAACGAGAAGAAAUUUAUUUUUCAAAGUGAAGAUUAAUAAAUAGAAAACAUAUAUUAAUAAAAUAUGGAAAAGCUAAAAAAUAUAAUUAAUUUAAUUAUAGAUAAUAUCACAAAAAACGAGAAAAAUAUUCCUAUAUAAAUCCGUAUUAUAUGCAAAAUAAUCGAAUUAAACUUGA